AUGAACCCUUCAUCCAACGACACACAAGUCCCAAACCAUGGCAAACCCAAACGUUGGUCGACUGAUCUAUGCGAAUGUUGGAUGGACAUAAACUCAUGUUGCUUAACGUGUUGGUGUCCAUGUGUUGCAUUCGGACGCAUCGCAGAGAUUGUAGACAGAGGAGGAUCAUCUUGUGGUGUGAGUGGAGCGAUGUACAUGAUCAUAUUCAUGCUUACUGGAUACGCAGGGAGCAGUCUCUACUCUUGCUUUUACCGAACCAAACUUCGAGGCCAAUACAAUCUCAAGGAGAGACCUUGUUGUGAUUGUUGCGUUCAUUUUUGCUGCGAGCCGUGUGCUCUUUGUCAAGAGUAUAGGCAACUUGAACACAAACGUGCCUUCGACUUGUCUAUUGGGUGGCAUGGGAACAUGGAACGUCAGGCACGGAUGGCUAUGUCUGCUUCUGCGGUUCCUCCAUCGGUUCAAGCGCCCAUGUCUAGGUUAAAUUAG